CGAGUCUGUUGUUGGGAGGAAACGGUAUGCAGCUGUGACGGAGCUGUUCCUCCCUCUUGUCCCGUAGCUAUCCGUCUCCUCUGUUGAUAUUGACCCUCCCCGUCCGACCGGGACACCCGGACUCCGAGGCUCACAUAUCGUGGGGGUAAAUCUAACCGGUAUGCCCCUACGGCUCCGCUAACACGGUUAACCCGGUGACGAUGGCUUCGGUGCGGAUGGUCGGUAAAGUUACGGCGAGACUUUUGGGAAGUGUUCAGCCUCUUCGCUGCGGACUGACAACCAGCCGCCCGCUGACGCUCCUCCACCAGGUUCAGCAGAGGCCGUCUCUACUUGGAAAUUGUCAAGCUCUUUUCUACAGCACGCUCGCACCCUCCAGUGACUUGUCGUUGAGAUACAAAUAUGGCCGUUUGGUUCUGGAGGUCCCCUUGCCCUCCAGGAACGAGAAUUGUCUGUUCUUCCUCAGACCCAUGCUGAUGAGCGUAGGAGACCUGAUCGCAGAUCUGCGUAGAGAGGACCCCGGAGCCACAACCUCCAUUUUCUCCAAGGACGGAGAGCCGAUAGCAAACACCACCCUGAUAGACACCCUGUUGGACAAGGACUUCCAGCUCGUCAUCAAUGAUGCAGUCUAUAAUGUCUGCUCUCCUGAGAAAGCGGGUACCGGUGAGCAUGGCAUGGAGAUGAAGGACGUGAAGCAUGUUGUGCAUCUGUUGCACACAGCGCUCCACCUGCCUGAACACCACCUACUGAAAGAGAGGCAGCUGCUGGAGAGACUGGACAACAUCAAACAGGAGCUGUCACCUCUGGAGAAGAUGAAGGCACAGCUGUCCCAUACAGCAGACUUCCACAGCUCCAGGGCCAUCUGGACCGGCAUGGCCUUGUUAUCUGUGCAGGGUGGCGCUCUGGCCUGGCUCACAUGGUGGGUCUAUUCAUGGGACGUGAUGGAGCCUGUCACCUACUUCAUCACCUACGCCACCAGCAUUGGAGUCUUCGCCUACUAUGUCCUUACCAAACAGGAUUACAUAUACCCAGACGCUAAAGACCGACAGUUCCUGCGUUACUUUCAUAAGGCGGCCAGCAGGAAUAAUUUCAACGUUGAAAAAUACAAUAAACUGAGGGAUGAGCUGGCUGAGGUGGAGGAGGACCUGAGACGUCUGAGAUAUCCGACUGAAUUUCAGCUUCCACUUGAACAGAUCCAGCCAAAGCCAUGAACAAAGCCAUGCCAUGAAUAAUGGUCACAUACAUGUUAACACUCCAGAGUAAAAACAAUUUUUCUGCUUUAUUUUGAUAAUGGUGCCUUUCUACCAGAAAUCCAUAUCAUUCUGUGUUUUGUUUACAGUCUUGAUAAUGUUGCCAAUUAUGUCUUUGAGAAAAGUACAAACACCGAGGACUAAUGAAAUAAAAGGUAUUCCCAAACAUUGUGAGAAUCUCCUCUCUGCUGGAUCUGUCUUGUUGUGGAAAGGUGUUGUGGUUGUACUUGCUGCUAGAAGACAAAUAACAACCCUAAGUUAUUUUAAUGGAUGGAGACUUCAGGGCACAGGUGAAAUAAAGACAUCACAUGAAUACACUUUUUGCCAGAAAAAGAAUGGAAGUUUUAUAAAACAUAUCCAAUCAAUCAGGAGCAAAACAGUAGCUGAAAUGUCAGAUUUAAUUUACAAAGUCACAACAAUAAGACCACAAACAUACAGGAUCAAUGAAUGCUGGUAGUUUUGUUUUUUCCUGAGUCAAAGGUCAUGUGACACAAGUACUUCAGGUCUACAGUACAGCUUUAAAAACACCUCCCCUCCCUGAGGUACUUUACACACAGGUGAUUGUUGCCAUGUUGGGUGCAAAUACGCAUUAUUAAAUGUAGUACUGUACAACACAAAGAACAGCAAAAACAUGAAUUCCCUUUUUGAUGGAGCGAGCUUGAGGACAAACAGCAUGUUUAUGUGAUGCCUGGAUAUGAGAGAUAGUACUUGUUCAUUGGUGCUUAGAGAUAUGGUGAAGUAUAAAACCCUGAUGUGAACGAAAUCAUUAGUGACCUGGUUGGCAUGCUGUUAUGUCACCCGCCUCACAAGAUACAGUAAGUUGGUAAGUAUUUGUCUGGCUUGUAGACAUUCCUGCAACUGACUUUACAGUCAAGAAAAACAGACUCGUCUGGCAUUUCAAGAUUCCUCUGAGUCUGAGGAGAGCAGACUACUGUUUUCUCUACUUUCUAGGAAGACAAAAGUCAGCUGCAGGAUAAGGCAAAGUUUGUGUGGUACCACAGUAGUU